AUGGCCGCCCUCGACCGCAUCGUCAGCAUGAUACUUCGCGCAGCCCAAAUCGGGUUUGCGGUUAUUGUGGCCGCAAUCAUCGGUGCACACCUGCACCGGGCUGAUUCAAGUGCCUGGAGCAUGGCCCGCCUUAUAUACACAGAAGUUGUUGCUGGAAUUGCAAUCUUCCUUGGCCUAAUCUGGCUGCUGCCCUUUUCCAGCACCUUCACCCACUGGCCCGUCGACAUUUUCGUCAGCGUUCUGUGGUGGGUCGCCUUUGGACUGCUGGUCAACCUAAUACAUAUCCAGCUCGUCGGAACAUCGUGCGGUGCUGUCUUCGACUGGCAAAAUGUCUCCCCACGCGGAGACCGUUGCGGCAAGUUCAAGGCCAACAUUGCCUUUGCCUUUCUCUCCGCCGUUGUCUGGCUUGCCUCUGCGGGCAUAGGUCUCUUCUGGGUUAGCCGGCACCAACGCCGGGACGCGUCCGCCAGAAGCCGCGUCUAA